AUGGUUCGUUUAUUUGACUCCACAGCCUCACCAUCACUGACUGUGCCAAGUGUAAGUGAUCAAGUCACCGAUGAUGGUCAGUCAACUGCUUCAGUGAGCUGGCCAACAAUCACUGCUAUCAACUCUGACGGUCAACCCAUCACAUGUUUAGACUCUUUAGAAGGUGAAGUCAGUCUAACAGGAGGCAUGUUUGGCAUCGGAUCUCAUACAGUCACCUGCUGGGUCACUAACUUGGCUGGUUGCACUGUUUUAAUAAGCUUCACAUUCACUGUAAGAGACAAUGAACAUCCAAUAGUUACCUGUCCAGAAAACAUCGAGAGAUGCACAAUGACAAAUGAUGUUGCAGUUUAUUGGCCUACACAACCAAUGGCAAUAGAUAAUGUGGAUGGUUACAUCAGUGUCACAUGUAGAAAUCAGAAUAGCAACGUAGUGACAUCAGGUGAAGUGUAUGCUAUCGGAAAGACAACUGUGACAUGUACAGCACAAGACUCAGCAUUGAACCAAGGAAUGUGUACAUUCACUAUCACAGUCAUCGCCUCACCAUCACUGACUGUGCCAAGUGUAAGUGAUCAAGUCACCGAUGGUGGUCAGUCAACUGCUUCAGUGAGCUGGCCAAGAAUCACUGCUAUCAACUCUGACGGUCAACCCAUCACAUGUAUAGACUCUUUAGAAGGUGAAGUCAGUCUAACAGGAGGCAUGUUUGGCAUCGGAUCUCAUACAGUCACCUGCUGGGUCACUAACUUGGCUGGUUGCACUGUUUUAAUAAGCUUCACAUUCACUGUAAGAGACAAUGAACAUCCAAUAGUUAUCUGUCCAGAAAACAUCGAGAGAUGCACAAUGACAAAUGAUGUUGCAGUUAAUUGGCCUAUACAACCAUGGGCAAUAGAUAAUGUGGAUGGUUACAUCAGUGUCACAUGUAGAAAUCAGAAUAGCAACGUAGUGACAUCAGGUGAAGUGUAUGCAAUCGGAAAGACAACUGUGACAUGUACAGCACAAGACUCAGCAUGGAACCAAGGAAUGUGUGCAUUCACUAUCACAGUCAUCGCCUCACCAUCACUGACUGUGCCAAGUGUAAGUGAUCAAGUCACCGAUGGUGGUCAGUCAACUGCUUCAGUGAGCUGGCCAAGAAUCACUGCUAUCAACUCUGACGGUCAACCCAUCACAUGUAUAGACUCUUUAGAAGGUGAAGUCAGUCUAACAGGAGGCAUGUUUGGCGUCGGAUCUCAUAUAGUCACCUGCUGGGUCACUAACCUGGCUGGUUGCACUGAUUUAAUAAGCUUCACAUUCACUGUAAGAGACAAUGCACAUCCAAUAGUUAUCUGUCCAGAAAACAUCGAGAGAUGCACAAUGACAAAUGAUGUUGCAGUUAAUUGGCCUAUACAACCAUGGGCAAUAGAUAAUGUGGAUGGUUACAUCAGUGUCACAUGUAGAAAUCAGAAUAGCAACGUAGUGACAUCGGGUGAAGUGUAUGCAAUCGGAGAGACAACUGUGACAUGUACAGCACAAGACUCAGCAUGGAACCAAGGAAUGUGUGCAUUCACUAUCACAGUCAUCGCAUCUAGUCUUGUUCCAUUUGGGGUUGGAGACAGUGCACUCUCCAGUGUCAGUCAGCCAUUCUUUCUGCCUUCCAAGGAUCGGAUCUCUCCCACCUUUACUUCACGGCAGUUCUUUCCUUUUGGCAAUGAGCUCUAUGAGUUUGUAUAUUUCACUGACAACGGUGUGAUUAUCCUGUCCAAUAAUCGACGAGUCAGACGUACCAUCUACAAACAAGCAUUCCCGAGUACUUUUAGUUUCUCUUUCAACGGCAACGUGCAAAUGAUAGCUCCAUUCUGGGCAGACGUCCGAGCCGAUGCAUUUGACUCCACAAACAAUGUGUUUUGGCAGCUUUAUGACAACCCUUCGACGGAUAGUACAAUGUUGCGUACUUUGAGUAAUAUCGUGUCAGCACAGUAUGGCAGCUUCUUGGCCAAUUGGGUCCUCGUCAUCACGUGGAGUAAUGUCCAUACACAAUUUGAGACCAACACCUUCCAAGCUAUACUAUUGACAAACGGAGAACAUAGUUAUGUUAUCUUUAACUACGAUCCAUGCGGCAUGAAUUGGGACCCAGCCUCCUUAUUUAACCAUUACGUCAUCCAGGGUUUCACCUGUGGGCGGUUUGGACGGAAGGUUUAUGUGGACUUACUGGGUAGAUCCGUGUUCCGCCCUGGUAGCGUCGUAGGCAAUUCUGGAAUGAUAGGACGUUGGGUUUACCAGCUGGAUACACUCCAAGCCAACUUUAUCAAUCCUCGUCUCUUCUGCUAUAAUUGGUAUUAUCGACAGAGAAGUAGCUAUAUCUUUUUCCUGUAUUUGUAUCCUGUGAGGGUUGCCAACACCUGUCCAUGCAGUCUGCAGAGUGCUCGUCGGGACAGGAGAUGGGUACCUAUUCCAUAUUCCUACGUACUGCCCACACAGUUUUCGCUACGAUUCGAUCAAGGAGUCUUGGUGCGCUAUUACUGCUGUGAGCAGUCUUCAUUGUGUCGUCUGUACAGACGAUGGAGACCAAUUCAGAGCUGUCGGAGAUAUCGCCCGCCUAGGCGGGGCUGGAACUUUGGCGACCCACACAUGAGGACACUGGAUGGUUUGGACUACACCUUCAAUGGUCUGGGUGAAUACACUAUGGCUCUCAUUGAUGAUGACGAUGGACAGAGACAGUUUGAACUACAAGGCAGGACACAGCGAGCGUUGAACUCUGAAACCCAGCAACUCUCUGAAGCAACAUUCUUUGCUGGAUUCGCUGCUGAAUACGUCGGUGAUGCAAGGAUUGAGAUCAAACUAAACAGUGACGGAACCGAUUUGGAAACCAAAGUUAACGGUGCGAGUGUCACACCCACAGCUGAUGGAUUACUUAUUGGCAAUUUCACCGUACUAAGAGAGGAGGAUCCAAUCAAAAUCAUCGCAGUCUACCAGGCAGAUAUUCAGUUCUCUGUUGGAGUCAGUAACAGCUUUGCUGACAUCACCACACAACUGAGUGAAGACUACAUGAACAAAACCAAGGGAUUACUGGGUGUAUGGGAUGGGGACAAAGGUAACGAUGCUCUGAGACGUGAUAACACCCAACAGACAGUAACUGGUCCAAAUGGAGAACAGUCUGAACAAGACUUCUUUGCAUUUGGUCAAACGUGGGCCAUCUCAGAGAGUGAUUCCCUCUUCUACUACGUUCCGCCGGGUGAGAGUUUUUCAAAUAUAAACGAUCCCAGUUUCACACCAAAGUUCCUGGACAAUCUCACGAGUGAAGCCGAUCCAGCAAAGCUCCAAGCCGCUCAAGAUGCCUGCGGAAAUAACGAAGUGUGUUUGUAUGAUGCCUUGGCAACGGGUAGUACGGAAAUCGGUGUGGCAUCGAUGCAACUCAGUGAGCAGAAUACUAUUGACAUGAUGGCAGCAACCAAUUUCCCGCCCAAUGUCACACUGGUCGAGACAGUUGAGGUAGUUGUUGGACAACCCUUCAUACUGCAGAUACAAGCCGUUGAUCCUGAUGGAGAUGACAUAUCAUAUGAGUUACUGGAGGUGAUUCCAGGGGCGACUGUUUCAUCGCCAGGAGGCCAGUUCACAUGGACACCAGCUGAUAGGUCAAAGGUCACCCUCGGCUUCCUGGUGACUGAUGGGAAAGCGAAUGCAACAUUGGAACCGAUUGUCAAACUCUGUGACUGUAAGAAUGCUGGUACAUGCCUGUAUGAUGAGUAUGUGGAGGGUACUAACGUCAUCACAGAUGGCCGCUUUGGGGUUGUGUUAUGUAACUGCACACCUGGCUGGUCAGGUGACUUCUGUGAGAUGAACUAUGACGCCUGUCAAGACAACCCCUGCUUCUUAGGAGUGGCGUGUUUUGAUGAUGACCCACCAUCUUUAAACUUCACCUGCGGAUCUUGUCCAGAAGGAACGGAGGGAGACGGCAAGUCCUGCAUUGAUAUUGAUGAGUGUGUUGUGUACAGAGAUGAGCCAGCCAGUAAUAACGGACGUGGAUGUGAUCAAAAUUGUGUCAACACCCUGGCUAGCUUCAACUGCAGCUGCAACUCUGGCUAUUCCUUGUUUGUUGACGGCAAACGCUGCAUCGAUAUCAAUGAAUGUGACUCACAGACUGACGACUGUGCAGACGAUGCGACCUGUAACAACACCCAAGGUAGCUAUGAAUGCAGUUGUAAUACAGGCUUCAACGGAGAUGGCACAUCUUGUCAAGAUAUCAAUGAAUGCAUUGGAACAAAUGACUGUGACAACGGUGCUGAAUGUGCAAACACGAUUGGUUCAUAUAGAUGUCAGUGUCGCCAAGGCUAUGAAGGUAGUGGCUUCACAUGUACAGAUGUGAAUGAGUGUAGCAGGAACACUGAUGAAUGCAACAUCCAAGCAAUGUGUGAUAACACCGAGGGUUCCUAUACCUGCACCUGUAAUGAGGGAUUGUCUGGUGACGGCCGUAACUGUACCAAUGUAAAUGAAUGUGAGGGGUCGACACCAGUCUGUCAUGAGAACGCUACUUGCACCGAUAUCCCCGGCAGCUUCAAUUGCCGAUGCAAUGCUGGCUUUAAUGGGAAUGGUACCGAUUGCCAAGACAUUGAUGAGUGUGAUUUGGAGAUUGACAACUGCCUUCAAAACUGCAGAAACACUAUAGGAUCCUUUGAGUGUGUGUGCCAUGAAGCAUUUACACUGCUUGAUGGCAGUUGUGUUGCUAAUACCAACUGUUCUGAGAAUUCUAUAUGUGUGAAUGGAGACUGUUACGUGAAUGGUGCAGAUAUAGAGAGGUGCCUUUGUUACCGUGGUUACCAAAACGCGUCUGAUCCAAUGGUGUGUGAAGAUAUUAACGAGUGUAAUGCUACUGAGAGUUAUUGUGGCCCCUCCUCAACCUGUAACAACACGGCCGGUGGUUUUGAGUGUUUGUGUUCAGAAGGCUUUAGGCAAGGCAAUGACCAGCGGGAUUGUCUAGAUAUUGAUGAGUGUACACUUCCUGUGGAUGAUCCAUUGUACCCUGUUUGUAUUGCUACCGCAAAGUGCUACAACAACCAUGGCACAUAUGACUGUCGUUGCAAAUCAGGAUAUGAAGGCAAUGGGACACACUGUCAAAAUAUUGACGAGUGUCAGAGUGGACACUUAUGUGUAGCCAACAGUACAUGCCUGGACAACGCUGGUAGUUACACCUGUCAUUGUAACACUGGUUUCCAUGGCGAUGGACGUGUCUUGUGUAUGAACAUCGAUGAAUGUUUGGAGGACCCAGAUAUGUGUCACUCCUUAGCAACGUGUAGCGACACCGAAGGGAGUUACCAGUGUAAUUGUGACUCUGGUUACCAAGGCAACGGAACAUACUGUGAAGAUGUUGACGAAUGCAUGACGGAAAGCCAUGACUGUGCUUCAGGCAGAGCUCACUGUGUCAACAACGAUGGUAGUUAUACAUGUACCUGCAUGAAUGGAUACGUGUCUGCUCCAGGAAUGCUACCAGGACGUCAAUGUGACGACAUCGAUGAGUGUUCUCUGAAUCUGGAUUCAUGUGAUCCAUCAGUGAGUCAAUGCAACAACACUGAUGAUGGUAGUUACAUAUGCAAUUGUCUGCUUGGAUUUGUAAAGGAUGACAUGAAUCAGUGUAUCGAUAUGAAUGAAUGUGAGGAUCCGGCUGCAUGUGUGUCAAGAGCCAAUACGGAGUGUGUCAAUCUACACGGCAGCUAUGACUGUCCAUGUAGAAUGGGAUUCUAUCUGCAAAACUCAGAAUGUCUUAGUGGUGUCUCAUACAAUGCGUCGGCUGUGUUUAAUAUCAUCAGUGGGGAUUUGGUUGGUGGGAACGGCUUUAAUCUUGUCACCAACUACUUGAAAUACAGAACAGAGUUAAAAGAUGCGAUUGAAGCUGCUUUCCGGUCCUCGGAUUUGUCUGAUAACUUGGGCGAUGUCGUCAUCUCUGAGAUAUCACUCCUCACUGACUCCACGGCCUUGUUGAGAUUGGUCAUCAAUCUCAACAUGUCUCAGCCAGAGCAGACCAUCAUCCAGCCCUUCCUGAGUCAGUUGACAGGGAGCAGUGGAGGUCAGUUGGCUCCAGACCAUAGGCUGGUCGGCUCAACAUUCAUCAUCGGGGAUCCAAAAUGUAACAGCUCACCAUGUACCAACGGUGGAACUUGUGCUGAUGACAACUCGGUAUUACCCGAGGGAUAUACAUGCACCUGUCUGCCAGGCUAUAGUGGAAAAAACUGUGAAAUUGCACCAUGUGGCAACAACCCCUGUAUGAACGACGGAACAUGUCGUGUCGUUUCAACUACAAUGACGGGCUAUAUGUGUGAAUGUGCUCUGGGUUACUCUGGACCUCAGUGUCAAAUGAUAGUUCCCUGUGAGCUUAGCAAUGACUGCAUGAAUGCAGCAACAUGUGUCAAUGAGUUUGUAAAUGCAAGAGGCUAUACGUGUAUGUGUGGUGACGGAUUCAUGGGCGAAAACUGUGAAAACGAGUGUUCGUUAACAUGUAUGAAUGGCGGAACUAGAGAUCCAGCUACUUGCCAGUGUGUGUGCAGCCCACCAUGGACUGGAGAUACUUGCACAGAGUGUUCGUUAACUUGCAUAAAUGGAGGAACUACAGAUCCAGCUACUUGCCAGUGUGUGUGCAGCCCACCAUGGACUGGAGAUACUUGCACAGAAUGUCCACUGACAACAGCUAGCUGUCUGAACGGAGGCACUUUAGACGAAGAGUAUUGUGAGUGUGUUUGUCCUCUGACUCACAGCGGGGAUCUGUGUCAAGAUUCGAAUGUGUGUUUGACCAGUGACCGGUGCUCGGAUAAUACAACAGGGCAUUACUGUGUCCCAUCAAAUACUGCGUUCACAUGCGAGUGUCGCACAUACGAUGCAUAUUUCAUGGAAGGAGCCGCAUGCGAAAACAGACGAAGGUUUGCUCUUACUGUGGUGAUAACAUUGUUGACAGAGACAUACCGGUCAGUGUACAUCAAUCCGUGGUCUUCUGCAUUCAGAGCCAAAGCAGCCCUUUAUAAACGACUGGUAAGUUGCUGUUUUCAAUGGGUUGAAAGGCGAUUGCGAGAGGACCAAGUAACCAAUGAUGUGAUAUCCGCAGACUGUGUUUCAAUCCAAAACGGAAGUGUUGUUGCUACCAUGGUAUUACGGUACCCAGCUGCGCCAUCAACAACUGAUGUACACAGAGUCUUGUUAGAAAACAGACCGUUGACCGAUGGAGACGUAGCAAUAACCACUGAUCCACUAGCACUUCGAGUCAAUGAAGUAACAGAUUGUCCGCCAGACUAUUGUCAGAAUGGUGCAAUGUGCAUGAAGUCAGGGUACUACGUGUCUAUGUUCACCUAUACCUGCAGUUGUGGGUCUUCAUUCACCGGCGAACGCUGCGAAACAGUCAUUCCAGUCCCCACUGAUGUUCCAACAGCGACAACAGAGUCACCAGGUGGCCUAUCAACUGAAGUAAUCGUCAUCAUCAUUGUUGCAUGCGUUGUUCUCUUCCUGACAGUAGUAGUGAUACCUCUGUGCCUCUGUCUUCUGAUACGACGUCGUAAUAUUAUCGAAUCUACUCACGGCCGGCAAAAACCUGACAAUCCGAGGAUCAAUCAUGGUCUGUCUGAAUACACCGAUCAGAGUUAUUACCAAGAUAACGGCCAUGAUACAUCAGCAAUUCGAGAUGAGGAGAUUCAAAUGGAUCGCCUGAUGAAUGUUAUGAGUCGUUCAUCGUACUUACAGCAGGGUUUGUCAAGCAGACCUGAUUUCAUCAGACCGUACAUCGUGACCGGAACGGAGGAAUUCGAUCAGGAUGACCAACAUUUUGAUGAUCCGAGGGAUGAUGAUGGGACAGUGGGUCGUGUUGCUUACAAUCCAAUGAUCUACCGCUAG